ACUGCGGCCAUUGCCGGCCAGUUGUGUGUAGGUGCGAGCGCGGAACGACCGUGUUUGCCGCGCGUUAAAAUUUUAAACCGCGACGUGUAAAAUAUCGCGGUGUUUGUUUUUAAUUGACUUUUAUCUAUUGGAUGUUGUUUGUGGACAGUAUUUAAUAUACGCGCCAAUGGAUAAUUCCCGAUUCAAACUUACGCUUGGAACGUCAACUUAGGCUGCCCUUCCGAAAUAAAGCUAUUAGUGUGAGCGAGACAGAAAUAUUUCGAAAGUGAGGACAAUAUCCGUGAUUCUGUGCAUAGUGCAUCGGUGAAAGUGUUUGAGCAGUUCUGUUUGUGGUGAUACGAAGAUGACGCCCGGUGCGGAAGAGUUAUCUAUAAUGGGGGGCAAUAAUAAUGUGGUCCCCCUCUUGCCCAGGGCUACAGUAGAACUGGAAUUCAGGAACAUCAAUUGUUCUGUGAACACAUUUGUGCCGAAUAAGCUGCGAAUUGAACAAAAACAAAUUCUAAAGAAUGUAUCCGGGACGUUCAAGCCUGGAGAACUGACUGCCAUAAUGGGUCCUUCGGGAGCUGGCAAGACUACACUCCUCAACAUCCUCGCUGGAUACUCAACGCGAGGAGCAAAAGGCGAGAUAUACAUCAACGGCGUAUGCGCGUGCGCAUCGAAAUCGUCUGGACGCGGCGGAGCGAGAUACAUCCGCCAACACGAUGACCUGCGUGAGCAUCUGACUGUGUACGAAGCCAUGUCUCUUGCGGCUGCUCUUAAACUGGCCGACUUUACUGCCCAUGAGAGGAAAGAAAAGGUGUACGAGAUCCUUGCCUUGCUAGGUCUGAGCGGCACAGCGCAGACCCUCUGCCGCGACCUCUCCGGAGGGCAGCGGCGACGUCUGGCUGUAGCCUUCGAACUACUCUCUGACCCCUCACUUAUGUUCCUGGAUGAGCCUACCACGGGUUUGGACUCUUCAGCGUCGGCCUCUCUUAUAGCACUGCUAAACAGCUUGGCUAGAGGCGGCCGGACCCUCAUCGCCACAAUCCACCAGCCUUCCGCCCUGCUCUUCGAGAAAAUCGAUGCUGUCUACUGCUUACAAGCUGGCAACACCUUGUACAGUGGACCCCGAGCAAGAUUGAUACCAGCGUUAGCAAGCGCUGGCCUUAACUGCCCACCUUACCAUAACCCAGCUGAUUUCUUGAUGGAGGUAGCAUCAGGCGAAUAUGAAGUGGACUUAGUGAAAAGCGCACAGACUAUGGCCCAGUUCAAACCCGCAGCGAUCGCGAACGGCAGCUGGGAAAGUCACAUUCCAACUAUACCUGCUCUACCGAGCCCUAUGGACAUAUCCUCAGAUUUGAAGUCAAAACAAACGGUAGCGAAAAUGAAACAGAAACAGAAGUUUGCCAAGAAUAUCUACAGACAAUCGGGGCUACUACGACAGACUUGGAUCCUAUUAUAUAGGAAUUACUUAAUGACGACCAGGAACUAUUCUUUGUUCAUGUAUCGAGUGGCCGCGCACGUGGUGAUAGCUUUAAUCUUCGGUUACUUAUAUUUGGGGGUCGGCAGUGAAGCGGGUUCUGUACUUGGCAACUACGUUUACUUGUACGGAUCCAUGUUACUUGUUGUCUACACUGGAAAGAUGUCUGUUACAUUAUCAUUUCCACUAGAAAUGGAUAUAUUAAGAGGAGAAUACUUCAAUCGAUGGUAUAAUUUAGGACCAUAUAUAGUAUCAAUAUUAGCCGUGGAACUACCUUUUCAGAUGAUAUCGUGUGUAUCCUACGUGGUGCUGUCGUACUGGUUGACGGACAACCCUCUAGAGCCGACGCGAGCAACCUUAUUCCUUGCCACCAUCGUCGCCACCUCUUUGUGUGCCCAAGCUUGGGGUUACUUCAUCGGCUCUACCACACCUACUAGGAUCGCGGUAUUCAUCGGCCCGGUGCUGGCCUGCCUGUUCUCCGUGUUCGGGUUCUGCCUGGCGCUGGUGGACACCCCGUACCAGUUCCGCUGGCUACACCACAUCUCCUACUUCAGGGCAGGGUUCCAUGUAGCCGUGCAUUCUGUUUACGGAUUUAAUAGGACUCGAAUGCAUUGCUCCAAAGAAUACUGCCACUACAUAACACCAAAGACAUUCCUCAAAGAGAUGGAUAUGGAGAACGUUGACAUCGGCGGCAACAUGGCGCUCGUCAUCUCCACGACCGUGCUCAUGCACGCGCUCACCGCCGCCGCGCUCUGGUACAGGCUCAACAAGAGAUGAGUGCAGCUUUACUAGCAAACCAAAAUUAGAUAAUGGAUUGGGAAUUUAACGUAAUCGUAGAUUUAUUUUUGCAUCCAAAGAGCGGUCCAGUUUUAGAAUUAUAGGGAGGAAUAUAGCUUCGGUCAUAAAAUUUGACAAAGAUAUGUAAGGACAGAUCGAAGUUUUCCUCCAGAUAAAAUAAUCAGGGCUCAUGUCCAUGCUUGAAAUAUUUGAAAGUAGGGAAACAACAACAAUUCCUUUUUGUGUUUCAUUAUAAUUGAGCAAUUUCUAACACUAUUAUCAGUUUUGAAUUUUUCAUGGCAAAGAUCCCUGGAUCGCUCUCUGUGUGCAUAUUUCUUAUUUAUUUAGUGUAACAAUGUACUUAGUUUAAUAAUAAUUUUGUGACAACCACUAGACAGAUGUGAUAUUUUAUGAAUUUACGAAGUAUGAUCACCGCAUCAUUCCGAUAUAUGUAUAUGUAUUUUUCUAUAAUGUAUGAAGAUAAUUAGACAUUGAAACGUUUUGUAAACCUCGCAAUGAAUAUGUUUUGAACCGCAAGUACCGUAACACUGGUUAGAAUAUUCAAACAAAUUUACGUAGGACAUAUUUUGUCUAGACAUGCCUAAUUCCAUGCAAAUCCAUAUAUUUCUGACGUCACCUCGUAAGAAUAGCCUUUUUCAACAUAUCUAUAACAUUAAUAGCCCUAUUAUUGUCCAAUUGUCAAAUCAUCGAUAUAUUAUCUAUUUAUAUAUUUCAUUUUAUCCUAUGUCUUCCAUAUUGUAUUGUAUUCACCUCAUUUUUAAUGCAUCGCCUCACUUGCCUUAACUUUUUGUAACCAUAAGCGAGUAUUAUUUAAACAAUAUUUGUCAUUAUAUUUUCGAAGGAUGUAAUGCCAUUAUUUAAUAGGUAAAUUAUUGUUUGUUAUGUGAUAUGUGUUAAGGAAUUUUGUAGUUUAAUUUAAAUGUAUUUAGUAUUAAUUAAUAGAUUUAUUAUGAAUGAAAGGUACCUCGUUAAGAAAUAAUUUAGUUUAAAAUUUGAAGGAUACGUAGAGCGGCCAUUUUGCCAACUUACCGGUUUGAAAUGGUUCAUUAUUAUCGUAUCAAUCCUACCGCCUCUUCUAAGAUUAUAAUGUAGAUGUGGAAGCGGGAUAGCACGAUACACAAUAUAGAGUGGCAUCUCUCUUCCACAAGAGCUUUCUUACUUUGGGAGGUGGUGGUAGACUCUCUAUUCACAACUGUCAUGAGGUAGACCAAUAGAAUAAUCUAUCCCAGCUUGGGACAUGUGGUUUUACAGAUUUGAACUAUUUUUGGUGUUCCUCGACCCUUCUGAAACCGGGAAUGUGGCACGUCGUGGCAUCGGGAGGCUGAGGAAUAUAACUUUAGCAUAUUCAAUUGAAAGUCUAACAAUAAGGCUCAAAAAUGAUAGGAUAAAGCAAAAAUGGUUGGAAAGUCUUGCCUUCAUUUUUUGUUGUUAGUCAGAUACAUAUUGCACGGAUUAGUUUGACUUUUGAUUUUUAACUAUCGAUUUUGUGGUAUAAUAACAUGUGAAUUGAACAUACAGGCUGGUUCCAUCCCAAAUAUGCAACAUUGUAAAAGAUAUUUUGUUUUUUUUUUAAUAAGAUACAAAAUAGUGUGAAUCUCAGGUGUGAUUGAAGAUUAAUUGUUAAGUGUUGACUGAACAGAGUAACUCAUUCCAACGGGUUUUUGAUGAAUAUAGAAUAGAUCCAGUGAUA